GUUUUGAUUUCGUGAUCCAUAUUUUUUAAUAUGUUUAAUAUAAGAAGAUUUUGUUCUGUCUUCUGGUGUUUUCUAAUUUUUAACUUAUUUGGAAGGCAGUUGGGAGUUAGUACCCUCACAAGUGAAUGCGUCAAAAACGGAUUGUAUGCUCAUCCGACGGAAUGCGACCAAUUCUAUUCAUGCUCGCCUUUAGGGCCAGUUUUGAUGACCUGCCCACAUGGCUUCAACUUCAACGAGGAAUACUCCAUUUGUGACUGGCCGCAUAAUUCUAAUUGUUACGACAAAAACAAUCAACAAAAAGGAUACGUACCAGACUUCUGUUCCAAUUUUAUUUACGCCCAUCCUCAAGACUGUUCAAAAUUCUACCUCUGCUCACCUUUUGGCCCUGUCCAAAUGAACUGUCCAGCCCCACUACACUUCAAUCCAGUCUUACUUGUCUGCGACUGGCCGCAUAAUGCACAAUGCGCAUCUUAUCAAAAAGAUAAUUUAAACAUUCAAACCUCCUCAUCGACCCCUUAUUAUAUCGAACAAUUCAAUUCUACACUAUCAGACUCUACAACUUUAUCAACAUUUACAACAAACGAUGAAACAGAAAGUACAGAAGUCCAAAGUACUACUGAUUUAACAUCAACAACAGAAGGCGUUUUAGAAUCUACAACAAAUACUGUUUUUACAACUACUGAAGAGAUAACAUUCUCUACAAUCGAUUCUACUACCGGUACUUCCAUAACGGUUCCAACAGAAGAGUUAACAACAUCAUUAGAUCAAUCAACAACAACUUAUUCAACUACCCUCAACGAUUUAAGUACAACAACUGAUAUUUCUACGACUUUCGCAGACACAGAAAUCGAUAAAAUUGAUGUAUAUCAGAAAAACAACGACCAGCUUCUUUUUGAGGGCUCAGAAAUAUGCCCGAAAUCAAUAUGGCCUCAUCCAAACGACUGUACCAGAUUCUACAUGUGCGGUUCGACCGGUCCUGAGCUAUUUGCCUGCCCAGACGACCUGGUUUUUAAUCCAGUUCUCCUUGUAUGCGACUGGAACUAUAAAUCUGAGUGUUUGGUUAAUAUCAACGGAAGAAUUCUAGAAGAAUCAUCUACUACUGUUAUAUUUGAAGAAAACAAUGAUAUGACAGAAGUUACUACAAAUUCUAAUCAAUGUCAAGGUACUAUAUGGGCACAUCCGGAUUGUACUAAAUAUUAUAUGUGCGGAACUACAGGUCCUGAAUUAUAUUCUUGUCCAGAAGGACUUUAUUAUAACAGUGAUUUUCAUGUAUGCGACUAUGAUUCAAGCUGCAAAGGAAGCUUAAGUUUAGAUACAUUAACAACUACUGAAUUAAAUGACUUAACUGAUUCCAGUUUUCAAAGUACACAAAAUUAUAACGAUGGAAAUACCGAGACCAUGGUAAAUUUAAAGGUAUGUCAAGGAACGAUUUGGGCACAUUCAGAUAGCACUAAAUAUUAUAUAUGCGGACCAACAGGACCAGUAGAGUACACAUGUCCUGAAGGACUUUGUUAUAAUAAAGAAUCUCACUUUUGUGAUGAUAAUCUAAGUUACUGUACCCAAAAAAUUAAUCUAGACACAUUAUUACCAACCACUGAACUCAUUUUAAGAAAUGUAAACAGCGCAACUUUGCCAGGCAUCUAUGAAGGUAGCGGAGAUUUCAACUUAGGUGAAGAUUUAGAAUCAUCAACUGAUCUAAGUAUUUCUGAAGAUGCGACAUUUGAAUCAUCUUUAAACGAAGAAAAUUUACAUCCUUUAUGUCUGGGUACUAUGUGGCCUCAUCCAAUUGAAGAUAACAAAUUUUAUAAAUGCGGCACACUUGGACCUAAAUUGUUUGAAUGUCCUGAUACUCUUUAUUUCAAUCCAGCUUUGAUGGUAUGUGAUUGGAACAAACUCAUCGAACAACCACCGAACUUAACAGCAAUAAGAACAUCGAUAAGUGUGUCAAAUAAUUUUGGUAACGGAUCAUCAGAAGAUUUAAAUGAAACAAGAAGUUUUGUUAUAAACGAAAACGGUGAAUUUAGUGUAAUUAAUGAAAAUAACAAUAGAUUAUGUGAAAAGGAGAUAUGGCCUCAUCCAAACAAUUGUUCUUGGUUUUAUAAAUGCGGUUCCAAUGGUGCUGAAUUACUUCGAUGUCUUGAAGGGCUUUACUUUAACCCAACUUUGCUUGUUUGUGUCUGGAAUAAACCUGCCGAGUGUGCAAUCACUUCAACAAUUUCAACAGAAACUGAAGAAUCCUCUACAGAUACUUUAAUUAAUGAUACGAAUGAUACUGUUACAGAAAUCGUUGGACUGUAUGAUUAUAAUAAUACUCUAUGUGAAGGUAGAAUAUGGCCCCAUCCAAAUCAAUGUUCAAGAUACUACAGAUGUGGUCCUUCUGGUCCUCAAUUAUUCGAGUGUCACAAUGGUUACUAUUUUAAUUUUACCUUGCUUGCUUGUGACUGUAACCAGCCAGUUGAAUGCAGAUCUGAACUAAUUGAGAUAAAUUUAUCAGGACAGCAAUACGAGCAAUCAACUAUAUUUUCUAAUAACGAAAAUGGUGUUACAACUGAAGUUAUAGAGGGUUUGUGCAGGGGUAGUAUAUGGUCUCAUCCUAAUGAUUGUACAAAGUUUUAUAAAUGUGGUUCCCUAAGUCCCACAUUGUUUCAGUGUCCAGAUGGACUGUAUUUUAACCCAGAUUUACUAGUCUGCGACUGGAUGAAAUCUUCUGAAUGUCAAACAGACUUAAACGAUUACAACUCUGAAGCAACAACAGAUAUUCUCCCUGUUACUGAAACUACUGAAUAUAACACAAAACAAAUUGAUUCAAUCUCUACAAAUUUAGAUGAAAUAAGCACUUUUACUGAUGUUACAGAUACAACAACAAGUUUACCAGGUUUAAUUGAAAAUAUAACAGAGUUAUGUCCAAGUACAAUGUGGCCACAUCCAAACGAUUGUACCAAAUUUUAUACUUGUGGUGCUACUGGACCAACUGAAUUUGAUUGCCCUGGUAACUUGCAUUUUAGUCCGAAAUUGCUCGUGUGUACAUGGCCUUAUCUCGCCGAUUGUCAGUCUGUAUCAGACUUAAACUUAGGCACAACAGAAAACACAAUCGGAUCUGGAGAAACUGUUCUUUCUGAGUCAUCUAGAGAUUCUGAAGAAGAUACCAGUAUUUUAUAUGGAAAACUUCAUCUAUCAGAUGUAGAAGAAUCAAGUCAAUUUGGAGUAACUACACAUACUAGUUUAGGUGUUAUAUUACCACACCCUAGUGACUGUACCAAGUUUUAUUUGUGUGACUCUCAAGGACCUGUAGAGUUUUCUUGUCCAGGAGGACUAUAUUUUGAUUCAAAUACUUUGGUUUGUAUUGGCUUGACACCUUUAGUGUGCCACAGUAACUUGAAUAAGACUAAUGAGCCUGUUGUCACAACAACUGGUAGUGUUGAGUCGGUUGAGGUCACUAGUUCUUCUAUAGACAAACAGAACGUCAAUUCUUGUCGAGGGGAUACAUGGCCACAUUCAACAGAUUGUACUAAAUUCUACGUUUGUGGUUCCAAUGGACCAAUAGAAGUAUCUUGUCCCAAUCAGUUUCAUUUUGAUCCAGAAAUAUUAGUAUGCGAUUGGCCUCAAAGAGCUGGUUGUAGGGUUAAAAAAAAUGGAUUUUUUUUUGAAAGGAUGAAAGGGUUAUGA